ACACCAGACAUGUCUACUUACCAACAAGGACGGACCCGCGGCCGCGGGGGUUGGAGAGGAACGAGCUCCCGAGGAUUCUUUGCUGACCACCCAACUUUCAGUUCAAACAGAGCUGAUAGAGGGCGACCACAACAACAAAGCUCUGAGAGUACUCCCAGAACGCCGUCACCUCCUCUUGGUCCCAUCCUGAAGACAAUCAUAGGAAAUGACCUGGAAGACAUUCCAUACUCAAACUAUUUAGAUUGCAAAAUUUCCAAUUGCGAGUAUGUCGGAUCAUACAAUUGGCUCAACAGGAGUAAUCCCACCAUCAAAGUUCCAGGUCGACCACCAGUCUGGAAGCCGUUGGACAAGCCGAAGACUUUAGCGGAAGAUAACGGCACUUACUUUCGUGACCUCAAUUCUGCGCGCUUUCCCCAGUACCCCAUCGAACCUGCAAUUCGAGCACUUCUUACAACCAACCCAACCUUUCUAUCAGCGGAUAUUGAUGUCUUCGGCUGCAGCAGCACCAUCGGUAACCUGCUGAGAUUCGUUCGAGGUAUCGACAAACCGUUCAGAUUUCUCGUCGAGGUGGUUGGGGAUACCGUUUUCUUCAUUCGAAGAGAGAACUCUCCGACUGAAACCAUACCAGAUGUCAGAGGAUUUGGCCAUACUUUUCCUGAGAACUACACGGAAUGGAAAGUGGACGUUAGCGGUUCUGAGACUCAUCAGCGCCUCAUCAGGUACAACUUCGGCGGUCUUCAGUUCGUCGUACGUUUCGAAGCCGAUGGUUACUUUGACAAUCUUGCGUCGCCAGAGGGCACCACGUCAACACCGGCUACUCCAGGACAGAAAGAGUCGGAUGGUUUCUCGCUCUCCGAUGCUCUUCACCAAAGUUCCAUGUCACAUCGGCCUUCGUCAUCUAAUGCUCUUUUGAGCUUGGAGCAGGGCGGCACAGAAAUCCCCCAAGAGGCUAUUUUCGACCUCAAAACGCGGUCGAUCAGGCGAAAAGACGUGGAUGUCGUGUCCGAUGAGAUAGGCCGUCUCUGGGUUUCGCAAAUUCCAAACAUGAUUCUCGCAUAUCAUGAAAGGGGCUUUUUUAAGAAGGAAGAGAUUCACAUCCAUGACGUUCGCCAUAAGGUCACUGAAUGGGAAGAUCAAAACCAGAAAGUCCUAGGUCAACUUGCCAUACUGAUCAGGAAGAUCACACAUAUUGCUAAGAGCAACGGUGACGGGAAAUUGGAGAUCAGAAGAAAGGAAGCCGACAUCCUGGAGAUACGUAAGCAGAAAGAGGGUGCCGCGUCCGCAAUGUCGCCAGAGACGAAGGAAAUUUGGGAAGGGGAAGGCUCAGAUGUUGGAGGGAAUCUCGUGGAUCUCCAUGAAAAAGACGAUGGAUAUGAUGAGGAUUACGUCUUUGAGUCUCGCUAUUCGUACACGCACUAUAGUGACGAGUCAGAGCCGGAUUACACGGCUUGUUCUGCGGAUGAUUGCGGGUAUUGCGGACAUUGCAGCUAUUAGUAGUUCGACCGAUGAUCUGGCGUCGUUUCUGAUGGAGGAUGAUGGAUAGGUGAAGGCGAUGUAGAAGUCUGGUAUAUAGCUUGUCAUCAACCCGGAAGAUGUGGGUCUGUUGGACGGCCGGAGUUUAGCCUUGGUGACUCGUUUCUGAAUAUGACGCA